AACAUGUUGUGCUGGGGGAAUGCAACAGAUGGACAGUUGGGUAUUGGUGUGGAGAAGAACCCCAUGUUUGAGCCGAGGAACUGUAGUGCGUUCAGUGGCAGGGGACUGAAAGAGGUUGCCUGUGGAGGACAACACUCCAUGUUCCUGCUGCAUGAUGGAAGUGUGUACACAUGUGGUUCUAACAGCUGUGGACAGCUGGGCCACGACAAACCAGGGAUUUCUCCAGAGCUGGUAGGAGCUCUGGAUACUCAGAAGAUAAUGAUGGUGUCGUGCGGUUGGGCCCAUUCGAUGGCAGUGAACGAGCAGGGUCAAGUGUUUGCCUGGGGGGCUGGUGAAGAGGGCCAGCUCGGCCUGGGGACUGCAGAGACGGCUGUUCGAAUUCCAAGGUUGGUCAAAAGGCUGUGUGACCACCGGAUCUCUCAAGUCAUGUGUGGAAAUCAGCACUGCAUUGCACUUUCUAGAGAUGGCCAGCUGUUCACGUGGGGCCAGAACACCAGCGGUCAGCUCGGUCUCGGGAAAGGAGAGCCAAGCAAGCUGUUCCCUCAUCCCCUCAAGUCUUUGGCAGGAAUUCCUUUGGCAAAGAUAACCGCCGGGGGAGACCACAGCUUCGCUCUCUCCUUGUCUGGAGCUGUGUUUGGUUGGGGCAAGAACAAAGCUGGACAACUGGGUCUCAAUGACAAACAAGACCGCGCUGUCCCGUGCCACAUCAAGUUUUUAAGAUCUCAAAAAGUUGUUCACAUCAGCUGUGGAGAUGAACACACAGCAGCCCUCACAAAGGAUGGCGGCUUGUUUACAUUUGGUGACGGCUCGUGGGGUCAGCUGGGUCAUGGCUCCACCAAUAAUGAGCUUUUACCUAGACGUGUGCUGGAGCUCAUGGGCACUGAGGUGUCCCAGAUUACCUGCGGCAGGCACCACACAUUGGCGUUUGUGCCUUCCACUGGUGUGGUGUAUGCGUUUGGCUGCAACAGCCAUGGCCAGCUGGGUACAGGAAUACUGCGGGAUGCCACAAGCCCGUUUCCCAUCAAGGCCAGUUUCCUGUCUGGUAAUUUCCAUAGCACAGAAUCAAAACAAUAUACAGUGACCAAAAUCAUCUGUGGAGGAGACCAUAGUUUCUUAUUGUACUCUGAUGAACGGAGUUUUGUCCCCCCAGAGGACCUCAGAGUGAUUAACAUCAACAAAUCAAUCUCCCACAUCAAUUGCGAAAGAUUAAAUUCGUGGAGGUUAAAGCUGAUGUACAGCACAGAUUCUAGUGUCACUAAUGACAUCAUUAUUCAACUCUCCUCUACGGCUUGUUGGAACGCCAGCUUCUUGGACCAAAGUGAUGAUGCCCACUUCAAAACCAACCCAAAGAUCCCAGGCAUCGAUCUCAACUCUGUGAGAAUGCUGUUUGCGACGCUCAGCAAACCGGCUUUUUCUGGACUUCUGGAGCAGGCCACAAAGAGUUUUGAGAGUCUGUUGAUCCCUCAGCUGCCGCGCUCCCCUCCUGACGUCGAGGCCAUGAGGAUCUACCUCAUCUUGUCCGAGUAUCCGGCCCUUCGGGACUCAAAGAAUUACAUCCGCCUCACUAUCCCCCUGGCAAUGGCCAUCCUGCGGCUAGACGCCAACCCCAGCAAAGUAUUGGAUAAUUGGUGGUGCAUCGUGGACGACAGUGUUUUCACCAGGAUGGUCGAUAUGUACAAGAGCAUUGUUGUGUUUUUGCUAACGGGAGGCAAGACGCUCCUCGUACCAGUCUUCUAUGAGAACUAUUUUGUUGCCACAUUAAGGCUGCUGGAGAAACUCCACAAGGUAAACCUGAAGGCUCACCAUGUGGAGUACAACCGCUUUUAUAUUCCUGACAUCACCAACCUGGUGGACAUCCAGGAAGACUACCUCAGAUGGUUUCUGAGUAAAGCUGAGAUCAAAAUGGAAUCAUCCUCCCCUUCACAGAGUGACUUUCCCUCAGUGAACCUAUGUGCCUACCCGUUCAUAUUGAACGCACAAGCCAAGACAACCAUGCUGCAAACAGAUGCUGAACUGCAAAUGCAGAUGGCAGUAAGCGGUGCAAACCUACACAACGUCUUUAUGCUGCUGACGCUGGAACCCCACCUUGCUAGGAACCCUUACUUGGUGCUCCAUGUGCGCAGGGACCAUUUAGUGAGUGACACACUACGUGAGCUCACCAUGUACUCUGAUGUGGACCUCAAGAAACCGCUCAAGGUGAUCUUUGACGGCGAGGAGGCCGUAGAUGCUGGCGGAGUGACUAAAGAGUUCUUCCUGCUGCUGUUAAAGGAGCUGAUGGAUCCCAUUUAUGGGAUGUUCACUCAUUACAAAGAGUCCAACCUGCUGUGGUUUUCAGACAAGUGUUUUGUCGAGCAGAACUGGUUUCACCUGAUCGGGAUCAUCUGCGGUCUCGCCAUCUACAACUCCACGGUGGUGGACCUCCACUUCCCUCUGGCUCUCUACAAGAAGCUGCUUGAUGUAUUGCCAACGCUGGACGACUUGAAGGAGCUUUCACCCACUGAGGCCAGGAGUCUACAACAACUUCUAGACUACGAAGGAAGUGAUGUGGAGGAGACGUUUCUUCUCAACUUUGCUAUCACCAGGGAGAACUACGGGAUGACAGAAGUCAAGGAGCUCGUCCCUGGAGGAGAAAGCAUCAGCGUGGACAAAAACAACAGGAAGGAGUUUGUGGAGGCCUACCUGCUCUACGUGUUCUCAGACUCGGUGAGCGAGCAGUACUCUGCCUUCUCCGCUGGCUUCCUGAAGGUUUGCGGGGGGGAGAUCCUGUCGCUGUUCCAGCCCUGCGAGCUGAUGGCCAUGGUGGUCGGCAACAAUAACUACAACUGGGAGGAGAUGGAGAAGAAUGCCAUUUACAAAGGGGAGUAUACAGCCACUCAUCCAACAGUCAGGUUAUUCUGGGAGGUUUUCCACGAGUUCCCUCUUGAAAAGAAGAAGCAGUUCUUAUUGUUCCUGACUGGCAGCGAUCGGAUCCCCAUCCACGGCAUGGAGAGCCUGCGCAUCGUCAUCCAGUCCACCACAGCGGAGGAGCACUACCUGCCGGUGGCCCACACCUGCUACAACCUGCUCGACAUGCCGCGCUACCAGACCAAAGAGAUCCUGCGCCGCCGCCUCACUCAGGCUGUGGAGCAGUACGAGGGAUUCAGCCUGGUCUGAGGAGCGCAGAUCUGCAAACGCUUUAAUGCACUUUAAUAGCAAUACUCCACCAUGUCAGUGUCAAAAGACUGUGAUGGAGGACUCCAGGAGACAGGAAAGUCAACUCUCUUUAUAUCCACAUACAAGAUUGUGAAUCAUCUUGAAUCUGAAAGGUCUACGUAUGUAAAUUCAAAUGUAUUAUUGCUUUUUUGUUUUUAAUCGCUUUGGGCAAAGUUUCUCAACCUUUCAGGACCAUUUGGAAGAGGCAUGAGAUUUAUUUAAAAUGAAUCACAGACUAAAGGAAAAUGACAACCUGCAAUCAUAAAAAUUUUGGGACCUUAAAUCAAAGAGCAGAGAAGGUUGAGAAACUGCAGCUUUGGAUGUUUGCAGCUUUAUUUCUUCUUCUUCUUUUUUUUUUUGCACAGCUUUGUAUUUUAUAUUCAACUCCUUAAAUUCUAUUUUUCACCUUUAAAGAAUUGUGUUAUCUCCUUGAGACAAUAUAUCUGCUUUCUGUUACUUUUAAUUUAUUAAACAGAGUGGUUAUUUUUUGACAAAAUAAAAAUAUGUACAUAUGUAUGUAAAUAGCACUGAAGAAAUAUUAUCUUUACCCUUGACAUUAAAAGGAGUGUUCCUCCCGCUGAUCCUUUUAAAUCUGGACACCAGCAUGUCCUCUCUUCCUGAGGACAAUGGAAGAGUAUCCAACAGGCAGGAUGCAGGAUGAGACAUGGUGAACAAUAUUUGCAAUCCGUCUUACCUUUUGAGCUGUGGACCCAAGCAGCUGACUUUGUCUUGAACCUGCAUUCAACAGUGUUGCCUUCUCCAGCAAAACCCUCAAGAAGAGCUGACUUUUUCAAGUUGUUUUUAGUGUCAUUGACUGUGUGCAUGUUCAUGAGUGAAAGCAAAAAAAAGAAAAAAAGAAAAAAGAAAAGAAAAAAAAACUGAUUUAAAAGUGUGACAUUUUGGGUAAUAUGCUCGUUAGCUUUCUGGCGGAGGGUUUCUGAAUGGCAAUCAGUAGCCGGUUAGCUUAGCUUAGCACAAAACCUUGGAAAAGGCGUGAAACAGUUAGCCUAGCUGUGUUCAGCGGCUAACAAAACGCGCUUACCUCCUCCACUAAAGCUGUCCAGUUAAUCCGUCACAUCUCCUUUGUUUCAUCCUUACGAUACGAAACGACAAUUCGUGUUUAGCAGAGGAUUAUGUACCCAGCGAUACUAACUGGGACUGGUGUUACACCGUAUUCUGUGACCUCAAUAGGAAAGGAACUCAAUUUGUCAGUGUUGCCGCCACCUUUGGUGUCGAGGUGGGACAGAAAACAACGUGACUGGGAUGAAUUAACUGUGGAUUUGGGAUUUUGUUUUUUCCCAUAGAAAGUAUCUGUGUAGAUUUUCAGCUAGUGUUUAUUUCUUUUACUUUAUCCCGUACCGUAUUUCGAUAGCUGUUGCCUAACAUGAUGCCGCCAUAGUAUGUAGGCAGGGUCACAGAAUACGAAUUGUCAUUUUUACACCUGUUUUUUAACACGGCCGAAUCAAAGGAGAUAUAACAUGUUAGCUUUAUGCUAGCUAGCGGGAGGAGUUUUUUUUUUUUUUUGUUUCCGGUCUUGUUGCUAGGCUACGCUAAGACGCUGCUGGCUGUAGCGUCAUAUUUGACAGACGUUAUGCUGAAGUUCCACCAGAAAGAGAAUACGUGUACCAACCCAAGUGUUUUUAAAACUAUAUAAUCAUUCAAAUUAGUGACUGUAAUCACUCUUGUUACCCAGUUGGAGAUAAUUAAAAUGUGACAUUUGUGGCAGAAUGACAUAACAAGUGCGUAUUUAACAGUGUGGGCAGAUGACCUGUUCAAUAUUCUAUUAAAAGUCAGAAGAUAACUGUAUCUAUCAUAUCACUUGUUCUAAAACUUGCUCUGAUGCGAUAUUUAUUCCUACAGUCAAACCUCUUAAUCCGAAAUGUUUAAUUAGGUCGUGCAUUGGCGUGAAGUGUGUGAAAUGGUCUUGCAUAUAAAAAUCUAUAUAUUUUAUAUAUUUCAUAUAUAAUGGUGAUGUAAAAGUGACGUGUCCUGACUUAACAGGUCACACUGACGCAUCCAUUUAGCAAUAACAACCUGAACGAGCCCAGUGAUGUAGUGAUAACUCUGGGUUGUUCUUCUAAAGGUCUUCAACACUGGACUCUUCUGAGAUGUUUUCUUAGGACAGUUCAUCCUCUUGCUUAGCUCUAUACUGCAUGUACACACAUGUUCAGUCAAUAUAUUUGUCUAAUUAAAGCUGAUUCCUCCUGCAGAGUUUAGUCCUAUGCAAAGGUUUGUGCAGCCCUUGACUUUUUUGCACCUUUUAAUGUGCUACUGAAAAUGUGAUUUUUUGCAUAUUUGUCUGGAAUCUACACAAAGCUCCCUGUCACAGUCAACUUUUUAAAUAAAACCAUACGGUGUAAAAGCA